UUUUGAGCAAAGAAGUUUUCACCGGUGAAUAACAACGUUUUUUAUUAUUAUCAAGCAAAAGACAAUAUGAUUAAAAAUAGGGUAACUGACUGUUUGGGGCUGAGUGAGAAAGAGAUUUUCAAAGUUAUUGAGAAGUGUCUUCCGGAAAAUGUGACCGAUCCUCAGAAUAUAAUAGAGUGUAUGGAUGACACACUAUUUGUGUGGAAUUCGAAAGACUCUUGUGUCCUUUCAUUGAAUAUUCAAGCGGCUACCCUGGAUGACGGCAAAGAUGUCAAACAUCAGACUUUGGUGUGUACAAAUCCACCCUGCAUUAGAAACGUAUUUAGGAUCAAGACAAGUCCAGCCAGUAUCUGGUUGGGCAUCUUUGGUGAUAAAGGUAUUUCUUUGAUGGAAUUGCCUAGACGUUGGGGGCCCAAUGGAUAUUUCUCAGGUGGCAAAGAUACAGUUUCCUGUCGAACUCUGCCAGUUGACGAACGAUAUUUCUCCAGCGGUCCCUUGGCGGCUCUUGUUCAAGCCCGAUGGCAUCCUGGAUCAAUUACCGAUUCUCAUCUGCUCAUAUUAACAGCCGAGAACACAAUGAGGUGGUACAAUAUUGAUUCAUCGGGAGUGAAUUUGCUGCAGGUUUGGCAAAUUGGACCUGUACCUACUGCCAUGCCACCUACGUCGUCAAAAUUGCCAUAUCUUGCAGGUUUGGGGGACACUGCUGUGGAUUUUGACUUUCUUCCCCCAGAAUGCAAAACUGAAAACAAACCUGUAAAUAAUAAAUCUACAAGUUUUACAAAUUACUCUCCAAUAGCAAAACAUAGUUGUAUGAACGUAUUUGCAGAUUCUACAUUGGGUAAUGUUUUGGCAUAUAGUCCAGAUAACACUCGAGCCGUAGAUCGAAAAUUGAUUUACUGGCCCAUAGCUGUAUUAAAUGGUUGUGGAGACGUCUAUAUGGUCGCUGGUAGAUUUGACACACACAAGCCAGAAAUAUCAAAACCCUUUUCCAUGAUGCCGGAUACAUCAGAUAAUUAUGGAUUGGACUGUUGUGCUAUCCUGGUUUUAGAUUGUGUGCCACCAAUAUUGGUAAUUGCGGGAAGUAAAGGUGUUUUGCAUCAUUGUGUUCUUAUGUCGAUCCAAUCAGAUGAUAGCAAGUCAUUUGUUCAGGCCGAUCAUAAGCUUUUUGUUUUGGAAAGCGUGGAACUUCAAUUAGGUUUGAACUUAAAAUCAGCAGUUUCCAAAGGGCCAUUGGAUUAUUGUCCUCUAAGACUGCAUAAGGAUACUAUUAGUAAUGCGAGGUACUUAGUCUAUCACAGUUCUGGAGUACAUUCAGUUCUUGUUCCUGCUGUUCACCAGCUAGACCAAUUUCUAGAACUUGAUGAUGAUGCUGACCUAGAACUAAAUGCUCCAGAUUUCAGCAUUAGGUGCAGUGCCGAAUACUUAUUGUGCACAAAUUUAUCAAGGAAAUCUAAGGCAACUCCAGAAAAUCUUACCCAGCAAACUGGAGUUGUGGGACUUACAAUAUUUGGCUGCCCUCCUACUUUGAUAACAUUGUUAGGAAAUGGUCAAGUUAUUAGUUUACCCCUCACAUGCUUGCCAUUGGCUUUACCACAGAAGGAAAACAUUCCAGAUAGCGUAGUGAAAAAUAUUGCUUCACCUACGAAGAAGCUAUUAAAAGAACCAUUCGAUCAACAUAUUAGUUCCAUAUUGAAACAAAAAUUCACACAGCCUAUCUUGAAGUUGGGAGACGAUAUGAGUGCUUCUCAGACCUACGACGUUGUAACAAAAGCAUUGAAAGUUCUUCGUGACGAGUAUUUCACAAAGCUUAUUGAGGCUCGACAAGAGAUUGAAAAGAGGAUUCACACACUGCAGAUGCUAAAAAAGCAGCAGUUGAAGGAUAUAAAAAAGUUGGUAGAUGAAAAAGUUGAUAUUCAAAAUAGAGCUGAAAAAUUGGCUGACAAGUAUGAAGAAGUACACGAGAAACAGGAAAGCUUAACGAAACGUGCUGAAAUGAUUUUACGAUCAUCAAGCCGACUUGUGCCAAAGGUUACUCAAGCAGAACGAGAAUUUUUCGAUAAAGUGAAGCAAUUAGGGACCAAAGUUAAUUAUUUUAAAGCACAGAUACUCUCGGCCAGGCAAAAUAUUGAGAAACAAAAAUUGAUGAUAAAUCAGUAUGAGAGUAAAGAUCAGAAGAAAGAUCUAUACCUGAACGACAACCGACUUGAAGCUAUUAAACUUAAUCUACAAGAAAGGACUGCGCAGAUCACUCAACUUAUGCAAGAUAUCAAAUUGAUUAAAAAUCAUUUAAAUUUAGUGUAGUUAAAAUACUAUCUCUAUUUAGAUUUAAGUGAUGUACAAUUAAUUUUAAUUAUUUUCUUAUAAGUAAUCAUUAGUUUUU